CCAGCUGAGAAACGUUGUCAGCCUCGUGGUGGAAACUGCCCCGAGGCGAUGCAACCACCUCACUCGAGCGCCGAUCGCGCGACAAGCAUCCACGAACCCCGGCUUUGAACUCGGCGCGAGUUUCACGCGAACGCGAAACCGGCUCGGCGAAGGAAAUUUCCAGCGAAAAUUUCGGAGUCACGGUAUCGAUAUGUGAAAUAUCUCAACGUCCACGAGAGAAACUCAAUAAUUAAGAACAAGAGGUGCAGGAGUCGAGCAAGACUGGGCCAGAACUGGUGCGAGUUAAAUUAUUUUUCACACAGCACGAUUGGACGAGUUUGAAUCUAUUAAAACUCUCUGUCAUAUGCUGAAGAACAAUUUUGUUGUCCAGUGACAUUACGGAUGAUUUUUAUCACGUAACAAUACUUGGAUGUAAUCAUUGUCUCUUGCAAAGAGUACACGUCGAAUAAUAGGCCGAUUCAAGAUUCCGUUCAAACGUCAGUGGCACAGAAACACGUGCUAUCCAAUCGAGGACAGAGCCGCUAACUCGCGUCAUUGCUGAAGCAAGGUGCAAUGAUCCACCGAAAAAUAUAAAUAAACACGGACCAUCGAAGGAUGCAAUUGGCGCGCGAGCCAGCUUCAUCGUUCGAAUUUGUCCUCUCAGGAAAGAGAGACGAAGCGCGAGACUUUCCAGCGCCGAGAUACACAGACAAAGAGAGAAACGGCGCAGAUAAGAAGUGACGGAAUUGGCGAAUCGGGACGAGCCAAGAGGCGAGCACAAUAAAUAGAAGAUACGCGUCAAAUCGAAUCACGCGCGAGAUAUUGCGAGUUAAUCGCGAGCAAAAUUAAUUUAACGCGACAACGAUCAACAGUCGAAACGUGACCAUCCAAAAGAGAAGGAAAAAAGAUCGGCAACUAACCGAGUGAAGAAUCGCGAGAGGAAAGUGACACGCUCGUCGCGAUGAUAAAACGAUAACGAAGCGGCAGCGAUAUCGCAGCGACAAUUAAUUGAUUGACGGCUAUUCUUCACGACGAGAUGAGCGUGUUUUCCGCGUGUUGCGCGUGAUAAAUCGGCAAGACUGAAGAUUGUGCGACUUCUCGACUCGAUCCUCGCGGCUUUCAUUGUUCGCGCGACGAGACGCGACGAAGGGGAUGAAGAUGAACGACGUCAAGCCGGAAAGCUCCAGCACGUCCAUUUCGUCGCCAGGCGGAAACAAUAAUAUUAAUAACAACAACAAUAAUAAUAAUAAUAAUAACAUUAACGGCAAUGGUAAAGCGGCAGCCGCCGCCGCGGCGACGGUAGCUGCCAAUGGCGGCGAAGGGAUCAGCGCCGCCGUCGCUAAGGUUCUUCAGGGAUACGACUGGACUCUGGUACCCGUUGCUACCAAGGGCUCCGGCGACAAAAGGGCGGCCCACGUUAAGAGGCCCAUGAACGCGUUUAUGGUGUGGGCCCAGGCUGCGAGGCGAAAACUGGCCGAUCAGUAUCCUCAGCUUCACAACGCCGAGCUGUCAAAAACACUAGGAAAGUUAUGGCGGCUGCUGUCGGAUAACGAUAAGAAACCCUUCAUCGAAGAAGCCGAUCGUUUGCGCGUUAUCCACAAGCGCGAGCAUCCCGAUUACAAGUACCAACCCCGACGUCGAAAGCAGAACGGGCCUUCUUCCGGUCGUGACAGUUCACCCUCGAGGAACCAGAGCAACGUGACGUUCAGUGUUUCCAGGUCGUUGAAACAGGAAGACAUGAGUCCUAGGGGCGUGCAAGGACCUAAUUCGCCACAGAGCGGCGUGAGCUCCUCGCCACCCACCACACCCAGCCAAGGUCUUUCACCGCCGACACCCCCUACGACACCCAGAGGACAGCAUUAUGUCAAUCAGACCAAUCAGCCUCCGCAGAACAAUACUGUGUACUAUCAGGAGUUAAUUAGCAAUACGCCAUCGAGCGAUUCUCCGCAUCAGCAGCCGGCGGUCGAUCUUCGAUACAUCGAAGUCGGAGACGGCCUACCCGGCGAGGAAAAUCAGUUGAACGGCCUCGGCACUUUGGGCGGGCUCGGCCUGAAUAUCCCGGUGAACUUCCAGGAAUGCGAGGUCGAGAGCAGCGAGCUCGACCAGUAUCUACCACCCCAGACCGCGCCGAUACAUCAAUAUCCACCUGUGCAAGUCACCACCGCUUCGCAAUGGCUACUUAACAGAUAUGAAGAGGAGAUCGAGAGGCCGACGAAGCGCCACUGCUCGGAGCAAGCGAUCGCGGAGGUUUCAUGGGAGGACAGGACCCAGGAGAUGGUCAGGUAUCACGAGUUACAGCCUCCCCUUCCACCGGUCCAGUACAUAUCCGCCCAUAACGCGCACCACUCGCACGCGAACGCGCAGAUGGGCCAUCCGCACGUGUCCACGUCCUACACGCAAUAUGCUCAUCGCUACGUACCUGGCAUCGAGACGUGGCCAAACUACAUGUAGGAUCAAAACCAGGUAAUCGCGAUCAUGGUCUGUCAUUAUUAUGGAGUGCUAAUAUGCGCCGGAGAUAUCAUUGAAUAUUCCAUUUACGCAUAAAUAAACCAGCAAAAAAAUUUGCAUAGAUCGUCCUAGAGAUCCGCCGAAAAGUAUUUUAAGGAUAGAUUUUUGGGAUUUGAUAUACCGAUUUUUUUUUCAAUAUUUUGACAGAUAUUAUUUUUUAUUCGAAUUUUCACACAUUAAUUAAAUAUUUAAUGACUGUAUUUAAUAAAAUAAAUUUAUUACGCGCUAAUACAUCAACAUAAAAUCAUACAAUUGAAACUGCUUUUUAAAUUAUUUAGGAACAUUUUUUAAACGGGAAGAAGAAUCAAUUUUUAUUUACGCGAAAUUAUUUAUGAAAAAAUAAUAUUUCUCGUUAAAAAAUAUCGAUAUUUGAAUCGUUUAAAAAUCUGUCUUUAAAAUAGUAUCUGUGUAUAGAUACUCUUCUACGGAUAUAUUUUUGUAUGAAACGCGUUAAAUGACGCGUUAAAGACACUUAAUUUUUUUACGUCGAUUAUUUUAUUUUUUAUUAUAUCGACGCAGAAUUACAGACGCAGAUUGUAUAAAUAAAUUGGAUUAAUCACCGCGGUGUUAAAUUCCUGCGGCAUCGAGCCCGAAAAGAUAGCCAAAUACAACGUAAUUAACGAUUAUAAUUACAAAGACGAAUUACAUUAAUAAAUAUAUAUAUAUAUAUAUGCGAAAUUUGAUCGCGAAUUGUACGCAGAAUGCGCAUCCAAUGCGCGAGCUUUGUGUGAUAAAGUUUAUACAAUAAUAUUAGCGUACGCAAAUAUUUCAGUUAUCACUCGUGGAUCGAUUUUAGGAGAACGUUCCUUCCUCGGGAAGGAAAUCUUAAUAUUAUUUCUAACAUCUAUAAUAGCGAGUCUAGAAAAAGAGAAGUAUAAUAAAUAUUAAAGUUAUAUAUUUUGAGACUUUUUUUCCCGAAAACUUACGACUGGAAUUGGAAUCUUAUUGCGUUCUAAUUCCACCUACAAAUUUUACAAACGCUUACAUACGUAAUACACCUGCCUUAAACUAACUAGAACAAGCAAUAUACAAAUAUAAGCCAAACGGGAGAGAGUUUGUCGCAUCUUUUGAAAAGCGCAGAAUGUAAAAAGUAUAAUAUAUAUGGCAUUUAUAUAAUAUUGUGAAUAUUUUGAAAAAGAAAAUUUAACAAAGUUCGUUGCAAAUUUAUCUUUUUUAUUCCUACGCUUACAAAGAAUAUAAAGGGAAAUAUAUAUGUAGAUCGCAGAGUGGUUGCGCUCUCUAAUCUAUUAGAUAUAUCUUUACUAGAGAUACUCACAAGUCAGAGAAUGGCAGAAUGAAAUCACUCGAGUUAUAUUUUUCUUAUUUUCAAUGCUUUAAGAUAGGCAGGAAAAAUCACAUUCCUCCCCUUAUUUUUUUUUUUUCUUAAUAUUUAUAUUUUUGAAAACAUAUUUUUAUUGGAAUAUACCUUUAUUAUAAUAUUUAUAAUUUUGCGUCUGGAAAAUUAUACUGCUACAAUUAGUGUCGUUGUGUUUUUGCUGAAUUUAAUUUUAUUGUCUUAAGGAAAGAAAGAAGAUUCUCUUCUCAAAAAAAAAACAAAAUAAAGAAAAUGUAACAGUUUUUAAAAAUAAGAAAUAUUAAUAUUCUUCUCCUUUUAUAAUCCCUCUAUUGGUAUAAUUACAUUUAUAUAAAAUUAUUUAUAAUUAUUGAAGCGGUCAUACUUUUUGCUCGAAAUGGCAGAUUAGCCAUUCUCUUGGCUUGAGAGUCUCUACUAUGUGGACGAGGCGCGGCCACGAUACUCACCAUGACAUCAUUCCAUGACAGCCGGCCAUUCCAAAGCGCAGAAUUUCAGGCCAAACAAACAGGCGGCCGCUCGAUAUAUAUAUAUAUAUAUAUAUAUACGGUGCCGAACGGCGCGUUCCAAAUGUAAUAAUAUAUACUAUACUACAUAUAUACGCGAGACGCGCGCGGACGCUAUAAAUCGUCGAUCGGUUUGCCAUACGCUCGCGCACGCCUCGUUCAAAUAAACGCCUGAAAUACGAUCGAGGGUGGCAACAAAUGUAUACUUGGACUUUUCUAUUUAAUGAUGCAAAGUAUUUUAGAAUUUAAAAAUAGUCGAAAUUCGCCGAUCAUCUCGAUUAUUUCAAUUUUAUUCUGACUUUCUUGAAAAGAGGAAAUUAAUUGAGGACGUAAAAAAAUUGAAGAUUUAAUAUUAAAUUAUAAGAAAUUUAUCCUCUUUAUAUUCGAAAAUCACAAAUGCAUUUCUUCGGAAUCAAUUUGGAUUCUAUGAAAAAAUCGCUGCCGGUGACGACCGACAUAUCGAGGACCGAUUAGCCUGAAUAUCGAGCGUGCAGCUAAAUGUAAAUGGACUUACGGCUAAAAUAUAUAGAUUGCAUAUAUUAUUAACACUAGUUACUACGCUGACAGCCGUGCUUUUGUACUUAGAUAUUUAUUCACAAUAUUACGAGAAUUGAUAGAAAAAAGCGUAGGUUAAUGUCUCGGUGUAGUUGUGCACGUUGGAAGGCGAGCAUUAAAUUUAUCGUAAUUUAUAAGUGAGAUGUACGCUAAUUUGUAGAAAUAAAACAAAA